AUGGCAGUGCCGGCCCGCGGCUUUUCCCUGCUCCGCCGUCGCCUGGGCCGCGUGUUGAUGCUCGGCCGGAGCGUGGUGCUGCCCCUGGGGGCGCCGGGAGCAGCCGGCUGCGCUUCCCGGGGUUUUCGGAGCAGCGGCGUGAGACAUGAUGCCAUCAUUAUCUCAGGAACUGAAAUGGCCAAACAAAUCCAGAAAGAAAUACAGAGAGGUGUGGAAUCAUGGAUUUCCCUUGGGAACAGAAGACCUCACCUCAGUAUCAUUUUAGUGGGUGAUAACCCAGCAAGCCACACGUACGUCAGGAAGAAGAUCAGAGCUGCGUCUGCUGUAGGGAUCCGUAGUGAGAUCAUUCUAAAACCAAAGGAUGUUUCUCAGGAAGAACUUUUGGAUAUAACUGAUCAAUUGAAUAUGGACCCACGAGUCAGUGGUAUAUUGGUUCAGUUACCACUACCAGACCACGUGGAUGAGCGAACAGUAUGCAAUGGAAUUGCCCCUGAAAAAGAUGUAGAUGGAUUUCAUAUUAUCAAUAUUGGAAGACUGUGCCUUGACCAGAAUUCUCUCAUACCGGCCACUGCCAGUGCUGUUUGGGAAAUAAUCAAAAGAACAGGGAUUGAAACAUUUGGGAAAAAUGUGGUUGUAGCUGGAAGAUCCAAGAAUGUAGGGAUGCCCAUUGCCAUGCUUUUACACACUGAUGGAGAGCACGAACGGCCAGGAGGUGAUGCAACCGUGACAAUAGCUCACAGAUACACUCCCAAAGAACAAUUGAAGAUCCAUACACAGCUGGCAGAUGUUAUCAUAGUAGCUGCCGGUAUUCCUAAGUUGAUCACAUCUGAUAUGGUUAAAGAAGGUGCUGCUGUAAUUGACGUGGGUAUCAACUAUGUCCACGACCCAGUGACAGGAAAGACAAAACUGGUUGGAGAUGUGGACUUUGAAGCUGUUAAGAAGAAGGCUAGCUAUAUCACUCCAGUUCCAGGAGGCGUCGGACCCAUGACAGUGGCAAUGCUUCUGAAGAACACCCUUCUGGCAGCUAAAAAACUCAUUUACUAAUUCACAUGAAAGAAUAAAGCAAACUGAAGUCAUGCUAUUUAUUUAUUUGACAAAGGGUGUAAACACCUUUAUAUUUUACUACAAAGCUAUUUAUUUCUACAUUGUAUUUAUUUUUUCAUGGAUGGAAUCAUACUGGACCAGAUGACUCAUACGACUUUAUGCAUUUCCUGCUAACAGAUUUUGAGUUUUAGGAUAAAACAAAAUAAUUCCAAUGAAAACUUUGGUAACAACGGUUUAUUUUGUGAAUACUAUUUGUUCAUAAUAUUAAACAAUAAAGGGCUCAUAAUAAAUGAAUAUAUUUUUGACACAAAUAUCACACAAAGUAUGUUUUCAACAAAUGUCUUGUCAGCCAAAUGGGUGCCCUCAUAAAUUGUAAUUUAGGUUUGGACAUAAGCAUGCUCAAUUUUUAUAUAUUUUAUGUGUCUCAUAUGCUGAAAAAGAGCUUACUUGUAAAAGAAAGAUAAAACAGUAAAAAUCAAAUCUUGAUCUUGUAUAUCUCAUAAAUGGAUCCUAUGAGGUAUCUUAAUGAGAAAUGACACUGUAUUCAAGGAAAGAAAAAUAAACUAAGAAAGCAAAAUACGCAGUGCUACUUGGAAAGGUAAUGAUCAGGGGUGCCUGGGUGGCUUAGUUGGCUAAGUGUCUGACUUUGGCUCAGGUCACGAUCUCACGG